CUCCAAUCAUCAAUUACCACCACACUCCUCCUUCCACUCUACCAAACUGAUCCACCAUAGAAGAUUUCAUCAUAUGCAUAGAUGAAAGUUUUAAGAGAUAGAAAGUUAGAGGAGAGGUUAAUAAAGUGACUGUAAUAUAUAGUCCGAGUCAUUAUCUACAGACCAAAACAGGCAACAAACUACUUUUGCCCUUUUUCCCAUUUUCUUUUGUCAUCUUUUCUGUGCACAUAAUUCAGAUCCCAAAAAUUCUUUCAUCCUAUCCUCUUUAUCAAACUUUCCCAUUUUUCCAACCAACUUUUUGGCUUUUAUCUUUUUACUAGACAUUUUCCUUGAAAUUGCUUCAAGUGACAGCUUCUAGACCUAUUAGCCAUUUUCACCCAUUUUUCUUAUUCAAGCCUCGUUCUUGAAAAGUCCUUUUGUCAAUCUUGCUUACCCAUUUUAUCAUUUUUGUUAAAGCUCAUUACUUUUGUAAAAAGAGUCAAUCUUUUUCUAUUGUUUCUUUAUUAAGCAAGUAAUGGAUACAGAUCAAGAUGAGUAUCCGACAUUUGCAGAGGGAAGGGAAACGAGGUACUCUCAUGCUACAAAUGGUGCUCGAAAAGGGUAUGUCGUUUAUCAAGAAAUGGGUUUUCAAGACCAAGUUAAGGAGUUCUUGAAAGGAGCAGCUGAAAUGAGUGUGCAAUGUGCUAAAGGGUGUAGGGAUAUAGUGGUGCAGAAUUUAGGGAGAGAGGAUUCUUUUAUUGUUAAGAAUUUUGGGAGAAGCUCUUAUAUAGGGAAGAAAGUUGGAUUUGGGUAUGAUAGGAUUUGUAAGAAAUUGAAGAAGUUUAAUGAGUAUCUGCCUGAGGAUAAGGAUCCAAUUCAUGCUUGGUCAGUGAUAUGCGCAGUGUUUGUUCUUGCUUUUGCAGUCUUGAGUGUAAGUACUGAACGAGAUACCUCUACCACAUUGAUAAAGAAGGUGUUUAUACAUCCUCCCAGUGCUGACCGGAUAUUGCUUCCAGACGGUCGAUACAUGGCAUACAGAGAGCAAGGUGUACCGGCUGACAGUGCUAGAUUUUCAAUGAUAGCUCCACAUACUUUUCUUUCAUCUCGGCUUGCAGGAAUACCUGGACUUAAGGCCUCAAUCUUGGAACAGUUUGGCAUAUACUUGUUAACAUAUGAUCUUCCCGGUUUUGGGGAGAGUGAUGCUCACCCAAACAGAAACCUCGAGUCAUCAUCCUUAGAUAUGUUAUUCCUAGUUCGUGCUCUGGGUAUUAAGGACAAGUUCUGGGUGGUCGGCUACUCAAGUGGGAGUCUUCAUGCUUGGGCAGCACUUAGAUACAUUCCUGAUAAACUUGCAGGUGCGGCCAUGCUUGCUCCGAUGGUCAAUCCAUAUGAUUCACUAAUGACCAAGGAUGAGAGACGUGGAAUAUGGGAAAAGUGGACUCGGAAAAGGAAAUUUAUGUACUUCUUGGCUCGGAGGUUUCCUAUGUUUCUUUCCUACUUCUACCACCGGAGCUUCUUGUCCGGAAAGCAUGAUCAGAUUGAUACUUGGCUCUCAUUGUCGCUAGGAAAGAGGGACAAAGCUUUGAUAGAGGAUCCAAUCCAUGAAGACUUUUGGCAAAGAGAUGUGGAAGAGUCGAUCCGACAAGGAAAUGCAAAACCCUUCAUAGAGGAAGCUGUUCUGCAAGUUUCAAAUUGGGGUUUCAGCCUUGCUGACAUCAAAUUGCAGAAGAAGAAGCAGGGGAAAGGUGUUCUCAAUUGGCUGAAACUUGUACUUGUUGGGUCUGAGGAGGAGUAUACAGGUUUCCUUGGCCCCAUACACAUUUGGCAGGGGAUGGAUGAUAAGGUCGUUCCACCAUUGAUGACGGAUUUUGUUCAUCGGGUUCUACCAGGCGCCGCAGUGCACAAGCUCCCAUACGAGGGCCACUUCACAUAUUUCUAUUUUUGUGAUGAAUGCCAUCAACAGAUAUUCACUACACUUUUUGGGACCCCACAAGGUCCACUAAAAAAAACGGCAGAAGUAAAACAAACUCCAUAUGAAGAUAGUAUGAAUGUUCAGGAGGUAGAUGAUGAGAAUGAGGCACUUGUAAGUGCAAAAGAGAUACAGUUAGAUCAAGAGGAACAGGUACAUCAAACACUAGUAGAGGUUGAUAUUGAAGUGGAGGAAGAAGUAAUCCAUACCAAAGAAUAAGAUAAGGCUUCUCAAUUAUCAUCUAGAAACUUACCAAUGUAUAUAACAUAGGUUUGCCAUGAUACUUGUGGGGCAAAAGAAAACCCAUAUCACAUUUUUUGUUUUUGGCUUUUAAAUCAUCUGGGGAAGUUGAUGGCUCUGGAAUUAGGUUUGCUGCGAACGAUUGGGGGAUAUUGAUUGGCAACAGACAAAAACAUACAACUAGGUAAGUUGUUCUGUUCUGAGAAUUUGUUUAGCUUGGAAACUCAUGUUACAUAUAAAUGUUUCUUUUCAGUUUACUCUUUGUACUGAAUUUUCAUUUUGAUCUGAAGUGUAUUUAAUCAAAAACCUGACAGAAAAUGCAUCUUGACAGAAUUGGAAGAGUAUGGAAGUACUGUUUGAAUUAGUAAUUCA